UGCAGCAGUCAUUUCGAGCUCAUGGCUGUCAUCCGCGAUCGUUUUGAUUUGUUCAAGCUCUUAAUUGUCGGCGACACAAAUGUCGGAAAAAGCAGCAUUUUUGGCAGAUUCGCUGGCAGUGAUCCGUGCCAACCGCCGAGCACGAUCACAUGCGACAUUAGAAGUCGGUGUAUUGAAGUAGAUGGUAAGUCAGUGCAACUGGAAAUUUGGGAUACCGCAGGCCAAGAGCGAUUUGGAGCUUUGACGACAUCCGUGUACCACAAAACGAGCGGCUUCAUUGUCGUAUAUGAUAUCAGCAAUGACAAUAGUUUCAAUAAUGUACGACGUUGGUUACACGAAAUUGAUCAACAUUGCGAUACUCCUAAUCCUACUCGAAUACUGGUUGGAAAUAAGUGUGAUCUGCCUGAAGUAAUGAGAGUAGUUGCGAGAGAGGAUGCUGUAAUGUUUGCAACGAAAAUUGGCAUUCAACUGUUUGAAACGAGUGCUACAGAAAAUAUCAACAUUGAGGAUGUGUUCGUUGAAAUUACUAGACUAAUGUUGCAACGACAUAAGAAUGGGGUUCGGACGGAAAGAGAAAGUGCUACAAUUAACGUUCAGAAUCGGUCGAGUCGUAGAAAGUGUUCAUGCUAAUGACUACGUUUGAUAGAAAUGAAUUUUGUAAAAUCUUGAUUCUGUAUUGUGGAGUGGUAUUGUUAUACCGUGUUUAUGGUAUAUAUAUAGAAUGCAAUGGACUCUAGAUAGUGCAUAGGCCUUAUAUUACGUAGGUCAGUCUAGUAUGGAAAUUGAC